AUGGACGGUGUUGGUCAGGGCGGACCUCUGCCCGGCUUUGACGUUGAUACUGCGUCAGCUGACACAUCGGGAGCUGACAAACGGCAACCAGGUGCAGGAAGUACAACCAACAGGACACAGCGCGAGUCUCGACGAGAGUCAGCGUCACGGAGUGGUCAGGGUCCACUCCAAUGUGAUGUUUGUGAUAGACGUUUUAAAUUUAAAUCAGAUUUUGACCGACAUUAUAGAACUCACACUGGCGAAAAACCUUAUGAAUGUUACGUGUGUCAACGCAGAUUUAAUGAGAGGAGUAAGUUAAAAAGACACCUUAGAACUCAUACUGGUGAAAAACCUUAUGAAUGUGACGUGUGUCAACGUCGAUUUAAUGUAAAGAGUAAUUUAUUAAAACACCGUAGAACUCACACUGGCGCAAAACCUUAUGAAUGUAACGUGUCUCACCGCAGAUUUAAUACGAGGAGUAGUUUAAAAAGACACGUUAGAACUCAUAUUGGUGAAAAACCUUAUGAAUGUGACGUGUGUCAACAUCGAUUUGUUCAGAAGAGUGAUUUAACAAAACACAGGAGAACUCACACUGGCGAAAAACCUUAUGAAUGUGACGUGUGUCAACGCAGAUUUAAUGAGAGGAGUAAGUUAAAAAGACACCUUAGAACUCAUACUGGUGAAAAACCUUAUGAAUGUGACGUGUGUCAACGCGGAUUUAAUGAGAGGAGUAAGUUAAAAAGACACCUUAGAACUCAUACUGGUGAAAAACCUUAUAAAUGUGAUGUGUGUCAACUCAGAUUUAAUGAGAGGAGUAAGUUAAAAAGACACCUUAGAACUCAUACUGGUGAAAAACCUUAUGAAUGUGACGUGUGUCAACGCAGAUUUAAUGAGAGGAGUAAGUUAAAAAGACACCUUAGAACUCAUACUGGUGAAAAACCUUAUAAAUGUGACGUGUGUCAACUCAGAUUUAAUGAGAGGAGUAAGUUAAAAAGACACCUUAGAACUCAUACUGGUGAAAAACCUUAUGAAUGUGACGUGUGUCAACGUCGAUUUAAGUCGGCUGAUUUAUCACAGAUACUGCGUCAGCUGACACAUCGGGAGCUGACAAACGGCAACCAGGUGCAAGAAGUACAACCAACAGGACACAGCGCGAGUCUCGACGAGAGUCAAGGUCACGGAGUGGUCAGGGUCCACUCCAAUGUGAUACAUUAUAGAACUCACACUGGCGAAAAGCCUAAUGAAUGUGACGUGUGUCAACGCAGAUUUAAUGAGAGGAGUAAGUUAAAAAGACACAUUAGAACUCAUACUGGUGAAAAACCUUAUGAAUGUGACGUGUGUCAAUGUCGAUUUGUUCAGAAGAGUAAUUUAACAAAUCACAGGAAAACUCACACUGGCGACAAAUCUUAUGAAUGUGACGUGUGUCAACGUCGAUUUGUUCAGAAGAGUAAUUUAACAAAUCACAGGAGAACUCACACUGGCGAAAAACCUUAUGAAUGUGACGUGUGUCAACGCGGAUUUGUUCAGAAGGGUGCUUUAACAAAUCACAGGAGAACUCACACUGGCGAAAAACCUUAUGAAUGUGACCCAAUGUCGAUUUAA